AUGCAAAGUGGGUGAUGCUGAAACAGUUGACUCUGCUAGCCCUGCUUCUCGGAGCGCAGUGCUUAACCCGAGAGGAGCUUGAAGCGUUUACACCUAGACACCCUGACUACACAGAUUUUAAUACUAAUCUCAAGUCUGAGGUUUACGGUCGAGAUAAUGCAGAUGGAUCACAAACAAUCUACACUAACGGGAUUCCGUCUCAUCCUACGUGGGAGUUCCCCCAGGCCUCUGGAAAUCCCAACGAAUUGAAAGAGAUCAGAACAACGUUAAACAUAUACUCUGAACCUCGUAUGAGAGCUGAGCCUUUGAGAUGUAUACCAAUGGGUUUCAUAGGAAUCGCAACUUCUGGAGUAGCAAUAGAUGGAUGGUUCCCGGCAGAACGUGGAUGUCCGGAAGUAGCCGAGUUUGAGGAACUGGAUAUUUGCGAGGGACACCCGUCACCAAACGGGCAAUAUCACUACCACCACUACUCUCCCUGUGUGCAGAUGCCAACUUGUGGAGUACCCUCAACGAUAUGGGGCGUUGCAAUAGACGGUAUUCCAAUAUACGGACCAUUUGAUGAGGACGGAAGACAGCUAACUAAAGAGGACCUGGACGAGUGCGGAGGAAAGUACGACAGUACUGGGAGGUACAAGUAUCACAUGACUGUGGAUCCUCCUUACUCCCUCGCUUGUCUCCGUGGUGAGAUUAGGAGUGAUCUAGGAAAAUCGGCCGGAACUUUCUUCUGUGCUUGUCCUUUUGAUGAUACUAUGUUUGUGGACAGAUCUGGAGAUAAGAGUCACGGGUACGAUAACAGAGGAAGUAGACCGUCUAGUAUAUGUCAGUUCAAUACUGACGGGGACCAGCCUGCCCAAUGCAAUGAAUCGUAUGAUAAGAACUACGACAUUGGAUACGAAUGGGUUAAACAAGACAGGACCAUCAAACUAGCUCCGUGUUGUCCAGCUGGGAACGCUUGCGGAGACAGCUGUAAAACUAGUGAAGGGCUCCAGGAGAACUGCACCCAAGAAGUAAGAGAAGUGAAAUACCUAACAAGGAUUGCUAAAGAGGGAUCUAACCAAGACAACAGUAACCAAGACAACAGUAACCAAGACGACGACAGAAGACCUGACGACGAUAAAAGACCGGAUAACGGUGGUAAGCCUGAUCGUAGCUGUAUGGAACCAUGUAUACAAGAAUGUGAGGGUUCCAACAGCGGCGGGCAAGGUGGGCGCGGAGGAAGAGGAAAUGAGUGUCGGGACAAAUGUCAUAAGAAGUGUACAUCCCAGGGAAGUGAUGAUGAAAGAAGACCCGAUGGUGAUAGAGGAAGGCCUGAUGGUGGCAAAGGAAGGCCUGGUGAAGAUAGAGGAAGGCCUGGGGAUGAUAGAGGAAGGCCUGGUCAAGAUAGAGGAAGGCCUGGUGAAGAUAGAGGAAGGCCUGGUGAAGAUAGAGGAAGGCCUGGUGAAGAUAGAGGAAGGCCUGGUGAAGAUAGAGGAAGGCCUGGUGAAGAUAGAGGAAGACCAGAAGGUGGCAGAGGACCAGAAGGUGGCAGAGGACCAGAAGGAAGACCUGACAGGAGUUGUAUGGAGCCCUGUAUGAGCGACUGUGACAGUGGCUCACGUGACUGCAGGGACAAAUGUCACUCGCAGUGUACUUCUGGACGAUCUAGAUACUUUGCUGAUGAUGUGGAACUCGAGGAGGGUGGAAAACAGAAAAAGGGAAAAGCGAAGGGAAAGGGAAAAAAGAAGAAGGGCAAAGGAAAAAAGAAAAAUGUCAAGAGAGGAAGUUAAAAUGAUAGAAUAACGGGAAUUUUAUGGACAGCAAAAGUCUUUAAUUAGUUUAAAUCUGGAGUCUACUUAAGAAUUCUAUGAACGUUUCAAAUCAUAAUAUUUCAGAAUGAGUAUUGUAUCAAUAUAAUAUAAUCAAUAGACACUUGGAGGAUUAACGCAUUGGGUUAAGUUGUAGUUGUUCAUGUUAGACAGUUACGAAUUA